UCUCUCCUCAUAUCACUUGAUCACUCGCUGUUCUUGGGUUAAGGCAAAGUGUGGUUGCAACAAAAACAUAGUUGAAUUGGACUACAAUAAUAAUAUUCCAGCAUGUUGGUGCUAAUAGUAUUUAUGGGCGCGCUCGCUGCAGUGCGCGCCGACUGUGAUGCAUGCUUCGAAGGAGUCUGUCACACUAAGAAAACGCUGCUCGAAGGAUUCCGCGUAACCGACCAGCUCGCCAUCGACCGCACCAACAACAUCCUUUAUGCCCAACUCGACUACCGCACCACAGCCAUCUUCCUCGACGAAGCCAAGAUGAGGACCGUCCACGACGAAAAAAUGACAGGGUUAGCGGUGGAUCAAAAGAACCAAGUUUUGUACUCAAGUUUAAAUGGUGUCAUAUACAGACAUAGAUACCAGGGAGACGGUUACACCAAAGAGACAGCUUUUCCACUUGAUCGACCUACAACGCCUGCCAGACUUCGCUAUGAAGACGUCCUCUACAUGAUCAACAAGGAUGGCAGCUCUGCUCACUUCAGCGAGAGUUCAAACUCCUUCGCUGGUUACGACAACUUAGAAAGCUUCGCUGUUACCGACAUGGUCAAUGUACAAAACAUAAGCAACUGGUUCUUUGUUGCUGAUGAUAAACUUUACAGAUAUAUUUAUAGCGAAUACGGCCAAAUGUCAUGGCAUCUUAUCUCUGACAAAAAGCACGUUCUAUCCAUUGGUAGGAAUGGGGACGUAUACUUUGGAGAUGCUUCCGAGAGAAUUAUAUAUAAGUUAGACAGACGAACAAUGGGUUUGAUAAAAUAUGGCGAUUAUGUAGAAGGUUCGGUGAAGGACUUUGUGUUUGAUAGAGAUGAAAAUAUCGUGUUCCUUGACGCUGAUGGAAGCGUGGCGCGAUGGCUACCAAGCGGAGGGCCGUGCUUUGAGCCACCCCGUUUCGAUUCGGACCGCGUUAAUUCGGACCUCAAAGACUUCCUACAACGAUACAAGUACAACUACAGGACGUCACCUCGCAAUAUCAUCAUUGUCGAUGUUGAAGGAAACACAAACAUCCAUUCAAACGAGUUGCACGAGAUAAGUGAUCAAAGCAGCGAUUCUGACAAAUGGUACAAGAUGGAUGAAGAAGAAGAAGGUGAUACCGUAGUAUCACCUUCUGACAACGUAUCAUUUUAUGAUAACUGGUCUUAUACGAUUGGUCCAGAAUGAUGACAAAUGUUUAGUUAAUUAUCCGCCAUUGUUACUUUCUCGGAUACAUGCAUCGCGAUUAAUUUGUUCGCAACAAUAAUAGUAUAUGAAUAUUUUUUUUGUGCAAGCGGUCAAAUCUUAAUUGAUUUAUUUGUAGUUUUUUUUUCAAUUUGAUAUUUUUUGUCUUUUUUAAUAAAUAAACUUUGAUAUUUCAUGGGUA